GCCGCGCUAGGGUUGGGCGCCACCGCCGGCCCCUAGCCAGGUCGCCGCCGUUGGCCCCUCAAAUCGUCGCCUGAUGUCGUCCCCUCUCCACCACCGCCCUCCAGGAGGGACCAAUAGUGCGGAUUCAGAAAGAUGAAUCGCUUGAGGAAGUCUCGAUCCAGCAGUGGUGUCGCAGGAUUAGGAGCCCAAAGUGGAACUGAUGGUGUGGCGAGUCAAUCCAAUCCGGCAGCCGGAAGCUUGCCAUCGUUCCCGGCGUUCGGAGUUCCCUCUGGUCAUGGUUUUCGCCCUGCAUACGCUGCUGCCGGAGUGCCCCCUGCCGGUGGCUUCAUCCCCACGUACCCCACAGGACCGUCAUCGACCGCACCUUCAGCUAGUGAGGCACCAACAGCUAGCUAGCUGUGGAGGACGCAACAGGAGGCCACCAGUUGCUCCUUCGUCGAUCAGGGUCGGGAUGGACGAUGACAUUGAGUUAACUGAUGCAAGUACGGCUUUUUGGAGUGAUGAGAGAACUAGGAUAGUAUGUGACAUUUUUGCAGAAGAAGUGCUAAUUGGAAAUCAUUCGAGUACUCAUUUGAACAAAGCUGGGUAUAACAAUGUCAUCCAAAAGUUCAAAACUGCAACUGGACUUGAGUAUACUAGAAAGCAGUUUAAGAACAAAUGGGAAAGGUUAAAAUCAAAUCAUAGUAUUUGGAAGCAAUUGAAGGCGCAGACCGGUCUAGGAUGGGAUGGAAAUGGGAAUAUUAUCAUGACCGAUGAAUGGUGGAAGAAGAUGUCUAAAGAGAUAAAAGGAUCAGGAAGGUUUAAGACAAGAGGGCUGCAAAAUGAAGACAAGUUAGAAAUUAUGUUUGAAAACCUUCAUAAUACCGGUGAGGAUCAUUGGUGUAUUUCUAGCGGCGUUCCACCAUCGCAAAGAUAUCAACCAAGUGAAGAAGAGGAGGAGGAAGAGGAGGAGGACAAUAGUGAACCAGAUCCGGGGACACCUACUAGUGGGGCAAAAAGGAGAAACAAAUUGUCUGACAAUAGCAAGGGAAAACAACCGAAGACCAGCAAAGGGAGUUGGCUACUUGGAGAGGUUGAGAGAAUGGUUGAAAUGAAUGAAAGAACUACCAGGUCUUGUGAGUCUAUUGCAAGAAGUGCCAAGGAAAAGGUCCAAUCUGUUUAUUCCAUACAAGUAGUCAUGGCCCUAGUCAAGGAUUGUGGUGCUGUUCCGGGGACAAAUGAGCAUUUCAUUGCAACAACCAUUUUUACAAAAAAGGUUGAGAGGAGAGAUGUUCAUGACAUUAGAGAAUUGAGAGGAGAGAUUUGAGUGGCUGUGCAAGAAAUAUGAGUGGAUGGCUAAACACUGAGUAGUAGCUUAUAUGCAUUUCUUUCAUUUGCAAUGUUGGA